AUGUCCAGCAAUGUCGGCCUCGACACGCCCCGCGGCAGCGGCACCUCAGGCUACGUCCAGCGCAACCUCGCGCACAUGAAGCCGCGCGACUACGGCGUGCCGUAUCCCCAAGAUGCUGAUCGCCUACGACACAAGCUAAGGCAACCGGACAAGGAGAUUCUAGAGCACGAGGCGAAGAGGGAGAUCGAAAUCAAGGUUCUCGAGCUGCGGGAUCAGCUGGAGGAUGAAGGGCUCGAUGAAGACGAGAUCGACGACAAGUGCGACGAACUCAGGAAGAAGUUACAAGAAGAGCAGAAGAAGGGAGGCAGACAGACCAAGAGGGGAUUCAAGACGCACGAGGUGCACGGCAUGGCGGAUGCGAAGAUUAAGGAGAGCGAGAGGUUGAGGAACGCUCUCAAGAUCAGCAAGGAUUACGAGGAAGGGGAUCACUGGAGGAGGCAGGAGGAGAGGGUAAGGAAUGCAGGGUCGUCGGGUGCUGCGCCGGGGGAGCCGCGGAAGAGGGAGUAG